UCUGUCCCAGUUUUCCGUCCGCGUUCAAACUCUGCGCCUCUCUCGCUCCAAGAAACAUCGGUCUCGCGAGACCUCUCGGAAACUUACAAAACCGGAAGCUGUGUGUGGAUUUCUUCCCUUUUGUGGCCAUCGCUGAAGCGCUAACGGCCGAAAUGAAGUUCAAUCCCUUUGUGACUUCUGACCGAAGCAAGAACCGGAAAAGGCAUUUCAAUGCGCCUUCCCACAUUCGCAGGAAAAUUAUGUCUUCCCCUCUUUCUAAAGAGCUGAGACAGAAGUACAAUGUCCGAUCCAUGCCCAUCCGGAAGGAUGAUGAAGUUCAGGUUGUACGAGGGCACUACAAAGGGCAGCAAAUUGGCAAAGUAGUCCAGGUUUACAGGAAGAAGUAUGUCAUCUACAUUGAACGAGUGCAGCGGGAGAAGGCUAAUGGCACAACUGUCCACGUGGGCAUUCACCCCAGCAAGGUGGUUAUCACCAGACUAAAACUGGACAAAGACCGCAAAAAGAUCCUCGAACGUAAAGCCAAGUCUCGCCAAGUAGGGAAGGAAAAGGGCAAAUAUAAGGAAGAAACAAUUGAGAAGAUGCAGGAAUGAAGUGAUCUUGUUUACAACUUUCAUUAA